AUGUUCUACGACAGCAAGAUAGCGGGCAGUCUCAUAGUCCUCUGUGUCCUCCUCCCUCCCUUUGUUGUCUCCAACCAGGUGAAGCCGGAAACUUCUCGCUACGCUCAUCUGCCAUGGUGGCACACCAAAGGUCUCUUCAGCGGGCUGCAGGACGCGGGCGAGCGAAGGUCGUGCAUGUCGUCGGAGCAAGCGCUGCUAGUUCAACGGGUGGAGCACAUGCAGAGAGAGAUCCCAGAGCUGCUGGAGCUUGUCAGCGGUUCCUCGACUCCCAAGCUGGAAGAACUGUUUGACAUUUUUCUUCCAGCGAGGGCGAGAAGAGAGCGGCUCCCUGACAACUUACACAGCUUCUUCGACAACCCCUACCCCUGCUCCAACCGGGUGUAUCACCACCUUCUGCUUAUCAACGCGUUCAUGAUCGACAACCUGACUUGCUCCAUCGUUCCCGACCGACGGUUCUCCUCCAUGCCGCAAAGAGAUGGGGUCAGCCAAGCUACGACAAGCGACGCAACGACAGAGGAUCAGUCCAUCUUCUUCCUCCCCGAGUUUCUGCGGAAAGAGAUGGGAGUAGUCGAGCCUGUUCUGAACACUCGAUCGUCCAUGUUGUCGGAGACUGAGACAUCAGAGAAUGACGAUCAGGUCAAAGCGAACGAGGACGAGCUGGAGGCCCUGAUUAAGAGCAAGCUGGACUUGAGCUCAACAGGAUCGAACAAGGGAAAGAAAAGGAGCAAGGGAGGGAAGAACAAACGGAAAAACGAAUAG